GAUGGGAAGGAAGCCUUGUUGUGCCAAAGAAGAGAUGAACAAAGGUGCAUGGUCCUCAAAUGAGGACCAAAUCCUCACCGACUACAUCAAAAUCCAUGGUGAAGGCAAAUGGAGAGACCUCCCUCAAAGAGCUGGGUUGAAGCGAUGUGGGAAGAGUUGCCGGCUCCGGUGGCUGAAUUAUUUGAGACCGAAUAUUAAGAGAGGAAACAUCUCUAUUGAAGAAGAAGAGCUCAUUAUUAGACUACACAAGCUCCUUGGUAACAGGUGGUCCCUCAUCGCUGGAAGACUACCAGGGCGAACAGACAAUGAAAUAAAAAACUACUGGAACACAGCUUUGGGUAAAAGAUUGAAGGGCCAAAAGAGCAAUUCUCCCAAAUCCACUGAAACUUCUAACAAGCUGAGAACAAAUGGUGAACACCAAGUGAUACGAACCAAAGCAGUGAAGUGCACCAAGGCUGUAAAUGUCACCAUAAACCCUAAAUCCAAAACCAUUAGCGGCGUCGAAACCCUGCCUUCCUCGUCGAUCAACGAGGAUUUCUUGAUGGAUUUCGACAUCGAUGAACUUUUCGUACCCGAAUACGACCCGAUCUCGGAGUUUCAGCAUCAAGUCCGACAAGGAGAUGAAAAUGGGGACAACAUGGGGUAUGGUGAUGGGUUCAACUUGAUCAUUGAUGAUGCUAACGAGCUUUGCAAUUCAAUGGAUGAUUUGAGAAAUGGUGCUGAGAUUUUCGAGACAAGUGAAAAUUUGGAUCUUCGAAGCCUAGCAUCGUAUCUAAAUAUAGAAGAUGAAUGGAUCAAUUAGUUGAAGUUAAACUAAGUUUGUCAUUUCAUAAGUAUGUCCUUGUAAU